AUGUCAUUUUCAUUCUCAGCAUCGAACGAGAAUAGCGAUAGCGAUGACGAUGUGUGGUUUACCAUCGAAUCGAGCAUAGCACACAUUGAGAGAAGGUCGAGUCAGAAAAAUGUUGAUGAAUACCAUAGUUUGAAACAUCAUGUGGAGAAGCAGUGUGUUGAAAUCGAUGAUAGAAAUCAACUGCAAUCCGGCAAAAUAGAUACUAUGAUGGUUUUAAUGGAGAACCAAAAUCGUAAACAGAAAAGAAUCAUGUCAAAGCUUGACGCUGCUACCAAUACCGUAGAAGACGUAUCUGAUGAAUUAAAAAUCAUGAAGCAAUCUCUUGGCGAGCUUCGACGAGAAAUUGAAGAUUAUCAACGUAGAAAUGAAGAUUAUCAACGUAGAAAUGAAGAUUAUCAACGUAGAAAUGAAGAUUAUCAACGUAGAAAUGAAGUUUUCCAAGGGCAAGUUUUGAUGAUACUGGAAAGUAUGAAACCAAAAGCUGAUUAA